AACAAGUUAUUUCAGACCCUGAAAACAGCAUUAGAAAAGCUGAAAGAGGUUUAAGGUGGCAGUUGCCUAUAACCACAAAGGAUGAAUUUUCAGCAGCACACACCCUUGUCUGUCCUAGGCUUUGCUGUGGCUUUCCGAGCUGUUCACAAGGUCCUGAGCAGUUUUCCUCUCCCCCAGCAUGUUAUACAAGACAAAACCAAAACCUGGAAAUGGAGGAAUCUCAGUGUUUCUUUGCUACAUUCUUUUCUCACAGGACCAUGGGCUGUGCUCUGUAUACUUUCAGCUCCUGAAAUGCUGACAAAGAUUGAAAAAGAAUACACAUCUGUUUCUUACCUCCUCAUCUGUGUUUCCUCAGGUUAUUUUCUACAAGAUACUGCAGACAUCAUUCUGAGUGGACAGGCAAAAUCAUCCUGGGAAUUUCUACUACAUCAUUCACUGGUGCUCUCCACCUUCCUUUACGCAGUGUUCAGUCACCGCUACAUCGCAGGUGCGACAAUUGCUCUAUUUGUUGAAGUCAACAGUGUCUUUCUCCAUUCGAGACUCCUCCUGAAACUUGCUGAUGCCAGAGCAUCUUACAUAUAUCACAUCAACAAAUAUUUGAACCUCAUCACCUAUGUCUGCUUCCGGCUUGCAGCUCAGUUCUACCUCACCUGGUACAUCAUAGAAAACUUUGCAGUGCUCAAACAUGCAGCUUUUUUUCUAACUGCUAUGAUGCUCAUGAACAUCAUGAUCCUAAUUUAUUUUCUUCGUUUGCUCCGUGCAGAUUUCAGCAAGAAACAUAAGGUACAUUUGUCACAAACUGGAAAUCACUACUCAAAAAAAUAUACUGAUGACUAAAUCAAGGCAAAGAAAGACCAGAAGUAUAAAUCAGGAAUCUUUCCACCACCCCACCAAGACCAGAUAGUACAUGACUGAAGUGAAAGACUUUACAGAUGCCUUUUCUAAUGGUGGUUCCUGAUAUUUUAGCAUCUGGAAAACUAUUAAAAUGAACUUAAAAAGGGUACUGUGUUAGGAGGACAUCAUCACUGCUCUGGAGAUACUGGUGUUUGAUGUCUUUCCUGUGUUGUUUCACUACAAAAACUACUUCCCAGAUCAUUACAACUAAAUGUAAUUCUGACAGUUAACGAAAAUGCUAUUAAAAAUAACGAAACACCACUUUUUAAAAAAAAUGUUUAGUUUCCACUUUUGGACUGAGCUCUUAAUUUUAAUUUCACACCCGUGUAAGUUGUCUGUGCUGUUUAUAGCUUUACUUGCCAAGAGAAGGAUACAGCAGAACUUUCCAUGAUUUUGUCAUUUGACUUAUGUUUUAUUAUCAGUUGUAUAAAUAAGGUCACAUGCCUUAGAAAUCAGAUGUCCUUUGGAUAAAUAACACACAAACUUGUGCUUCAGCAACACCUUGCAAGUUAUAGAAUGUUGGAAGGCAUUGCUGAAGUACAUUUUCAUGUGGCAUUUAUAUAAAAGUGUUUGACAGUCACUCAUUUGCCAAAGGAAGUUUAAUUAAUUGGAAUAUAUUUCCUAUUUUGGAAGUCUUUGGUAAAAUUGUGUGUACUAUAUGUAUUAUAAGGUCAUAUGACUUGCCAG